CUGGUCUGGGAAGAUUCCACAUGCCAUGGAGCAACUAAGCCCGUGCGCCACAACUACUGAGCCUGCACUCUAGAGCCUGCCAGCCACAACUACUGAGCCUGUGUGCCACAACUACUGAAGCCUGUGUGCCUAGAGCCUGUGCUCUGCAACAAGAGAAGCCACCGCAAUGAGAAGCCUGCAAACCGCAGUGAAGAGUAGCCCCUGCUCGCUGCAACUAGAGAAAACCUGUGCACAGCAAUGAAGACCCAAUGCAGCCAAAACAAAACAAAACAAAACAAAAAAACACCUUUGUUUUAACUCUGAGUGAGACAGGAAGCCAUUGGAGAGUUCUGAGUGGAGAAGCACCAUGACCUAUUUUAAAAGUCACUUUGGCUGCUAUGUGAAUACAAUCAAGUGGCAUUUUAAAAUUUUGCUGGAAGGUGGGGACAUGAGACUGAAGAUAUCUCUUUUAAAAGAACCAAAGCAUCAAGAAUUAGUAAGCUGUGUGGGCUGGAAUACUGCUGAAGAACUGUAUUCAUGUAGUGAUGAUCACCAGAUAGUGAAGUGGAACUUGUUAACUAGUGAAACAAGUCAAAUAGUAAAGCUGCCUGAUGAUAUUUACCCAAUAGAUCUUCACUGGUUUCCGAAAAGUUUAGGCAUAAAGAAACAAACUCAAGCAGAAAGCUUUGUUCUCACAAGUUCUGAUGGCAAAUUUCAUCUGAUUUCUAAGUUAGGAAGAGUGGAAAAAAGUGUGGAAGCUCACUGUGGAGCAGUACUUGCUGGGCGAUGGAAUUAUGAAGGAACAGCAUUAGUUACAGAGUGUCAUAUUAGUUUUCCUAUAUGGCUUAUGAAGAAUGUUCUGUCAAGAAGGUUUUGGAAUGGUCAAGUGUGGGUUGGAGAAGAUGGACAAAUAAAAAUCUGGUCAAAGACUGGAAUGCUAAGAUCAACUUUAGCUCAGCAAGGAACACCAGUGUAUUCAGUAGCAUGGGGCCCUGAUUCGGAAAAGGUUCUUUACACAGCAGGCAAACAGCUGAUCAUUAAACCUCUUCAACCAAAUGCUAAAGUUUUACAGUGGAAAGCUCAUGAUGGCAUUAUUUUAAAAGUAGACUGGAACUCAGUCAAUGAUUUAAUUUUAUCUGCUGGCGAAGACUGUAAAUAUAAGGUAUGGGAUAGCUACGGCCGUCCUCUGUACAGUUCACAACCUCAUGAGCAUCCUAUUACCUCAGUUGCCUGGGCUCCAGAUGGAGAAUUAUUUGCUGUUGGAUCAUUUCAUACUUUACGCUUGUGUGAUAAAACUGGGUGGUCAUAUGCUUUAGAAAAGCCCAACACUGGCAGCAUAUUUAAUAUCACAUGGUCAAUUGAUGGCACCCAGAUUGCUGGAGCCUGUGGAAAUGGACAUGUUGUUUUUGCACAUGUGGUGGAGCAACGUUGGGAGUGGAAGGAUUUUCAAGUAACGUUAACUAAAAGAAGGGCCAUGCAGGUUCGUAACGUUCUUAAUGAUGCAGUGGAUUUACUGGAAUUCCGUGAUAGAGUCAUUAAAGCCUCUUUGAACUAUGCACACUUAGUUGUUUCAACGUCUCUUCAGUGUUAUGUGUUCUCUACGAAGAACUGGAAUACACCACUUAUAUUUGAUCUCAAAGAAGGAACUGUUAGUUUAAUUCUGCAGGCAGAAAGACAUUUUCUUCUUGUAGAUGGUGGUGGUAUCUAUUUAUAUUCUUAUGAAGGGCGCUUCCUUUCCUCUCCAAAAUUUCCUGGAAUGAGAACAGAUAUUCUAAAUGCACAGACGGUCUCUCUGAGUAAUGAUACCAUAGCAAUAAAAGACAAAGCUGAUGAAAAAAUAAUCUUCCUCUUUGAGGCAUCAACUGGAAAACCACUGGGAGAUGGGAAGCUUCUUUCUCAUAAGAAUGAAAUUUUGGAAAUUGCUCUAGAUCAAAAGGGACUUACCAAUGAUAGGAAAAUUGCUUUCAUUGAUAAAAAUAGAGAUCUCUGUAUCACUUCAGUGAAACGAUUUGGGAAGGAAGAACAAAUUAUCAAACUUGGAACAAUGGUGCAUACUCUGGCAUGGAGUGAUACAUGCAACAUCCUCUGUGGACUUCAAGAUACUCGAUUUACAGUGUGGUAUUACCCCAAUACGGUUUAUGUGGACAGAGACAUUUUGCCUAAAACAUUAUAUGAAAGGGAUGCAAGUGAAUUUAGUAAAAAUCCCCAUAUCGUGAGUUUUGUUGGAAAUCAGGUAACUAUAAGAAGAGCUGAUGGCUCACUGAUUCACAUCAGCAUAUCACCAUAUCCUGCUAUUCUCCACGAAUAUGUAAGCAGUUCAAAAUGGGAAGACGCUGUAAGACUUUGUCGUUUUGUUAAGGAGCAAACCAUGUGGGCUUGCCUAGCUGCUAUGGCAGUCGCUAAUCGAGAUAUGACUACUGCAGAAAUAGCCUACGCAGCAAUUGGUGAAAUUGAUAAGGUUCAAUACAUCAAUUCUAUAAAAAAUCUUCCAUCUAAAGAAUCAAAAAUGGCCCACAUAUUAAUGUUUAGUGGGAACAUACAGGAGGCUGAAAUGGUACUUCUUCAGGCUGGCCUUGUUUAUCAAGCGAUUCAGAUCAAUAUUAAUCUCUACAACUGGGAAAGGGCACUUGAAUUAGCUGUUAAAUACAAAACACAUGUUGAUACAGUGCUUGCCUACCGUCAAAAGUUUUUGGAGACAUUUGGUAAACAGGAAACUAAUAAACGAUACCUGCAGUAUGCAGAAGGUCUCGAAAUAGAUUGGGAGAAAAUCAAAGCCAAAAUUGAGAUGGAAAUUACUAAAGAAAGAGAGCGAUCCUCAAGCAGCCAGCCCAGCAAGAAUAUUGGUCUUAAGCACUAAAUGCCAUGCUUACCUUUAAGAAGUUUUACCUUUUGAAACUGAUUCUGAUUAACCAAGGAUAAGCUUGUUUUCCUUGCUUAAAAAAAGGCAGAAUCUCUAAGUAUAAGCACUUGCUGUGUAUUUAAUACCAAAAGGAUAUUCAGAAAGACUAAGCACAAAAUAAUUGGUGUAAUUUCAUCUUUUAUAUUUUUAGUCCAAUAAUUAGCAAAACAUCCUAUAUAUUUAUGAUGCAUCUAUGUAGUAUUGCUUACAUUCCAGUUUUCUGUCCAUUAUUUUAUCCCUGAAUCUUCAGUAUGAACAAUAUUAAUGCUGAUAAUAAAACAUUGGACUCUUUAAAAA